CCGUUUCAGUUGCAUGUUCUUGAGUUCAUACCGCUGAACCUCAUAAAACACUCGGCAAAUUGUGUUCGUCUCUCAAUAAUGGAAUUAUAUUUAUUGCAGUUAAUUAUAACAAUUUGGAGAGUUAGGGAUUACUUGGUAGUGGGUUAUGUAGUCUACUAUUUCAUAAAGUGGUUUUCACAUUCGGAAACUGCCCAUACCGCUACAUCUCAGAUUUGUGACAAUGAAAUUUUGUUGAGAAAGUCAAUUGUCACUUGUUCUACAGAAGUGGUACAGCAUCACAGCCUAACUCAAGAUAAGUAUUCGGAAUCAUGGAAAGUGGAGGCUGGUCGCUGUCUGGACCCACUUGCACUUAUUCCACAGUGCAGUUUCUACAGACUCAAGUGCAGCACAAUAUGGAAGAGCAAUAAUGGAAUCAAGAAUGUGAACACGUUGAUCCACAGACAAAGAGUAAUUUGGAACUCGAACUAUCACGACAAUAAUACAAAGAAUCCUGUGCGAUCAAAGAUAAAAAAUACUCGUAUUCCAACAAAUGCAGAAUUUCCUACAAACACUCCAAAUCAUGAAAAUCAGGAUACGUUGUCUAUCCCUGAAAUAUUCCUAGGCCCAAAAACUUUUAUAUCGAUACCUCAGAAGCAGCAUUUGACCAUUGCAGUGGACGCCACUCCACGAACCAUUGGAGGUUAUUGCGUCAACUUUUUCGAUAGUAAAAUUAACUUUUACUCCGUCCCUUCGAAUGAAAUGCCAUGGGUUUUGAGAGAUCAGAGCGUUUUAGGUAGUCCUGCCGAAUUUGAGAUGAAGAACCUACUUUGCGCCCUUCUUCUAUGGUGCCCAGUGGUCCUUAAAUACAAAAAUGUUGUGGUGUACACCGAUAACACUGCAAUUCUUGGACACUGUGUGUAUUCAUCCAGGGUCCACGACUUUGUGCGUCACUUACAAGAUUGUAAAGGCGUGAGUAUAGUAAACAGCGGCAGUAUGUACGUCAAUUCUAAGGACAAUAAGAAACAAUUCCUCAAAUUCAUUCAACCAGCAGAUCAUUUGUCCAGAAAUAGGGUGGCCAAAUUUGUUGAUGCAAUCCAUGAAAUUCAUGGACCAUCUUUUAAGUAUGAUGAAAUGUAUUGCAUCGAAGAAGAAAUCUUUGAAAAGGUGAAUCAAGACGUGAUAAACUGGACAAGAAAUGCGUGUCGUACGUGCGGAUUUGCAUUGAAAAAAACUGGAUCAUUUAUGCAAGCCAACAGUUAAUACCGCCCUUAGUGCAAACACGUUGCAAAACCUUAUUGCAAAUAAAAUUGCAAUAUUUUUUACAAUUUUUAUAGUUUAUUGAGAAACAAGUACAGAUUGGAAUAUUAAGAUUUUGCAUGUUAUUUCUAUUCAUAAUAGUGAAAUUUAUUUAAAAUAAAUGUAAUAAGGGCUAAGUAACAAA